AUGUGGACAGUCCCUCCCCUAAAAGAUGUGCUCGCUAGUUUGGAGAACCCAGAAGCUCCAAUUGGAAUGAGAAUGAGAGCCGCCUACUUUGCCAAGCAAAUGUUCACCGACAACAAGGACGAUGCGGAAAAGACGGAAGCCAUUUUGAAGGUACUGGGCACUCAAGUCAUGAACAAGGCACAUGGUAGCUUGCUACGUCACGAAUUUGCCUACGUUCUUGGCCAAAUGCAAACUCCAAGGGCUUGUCAGAUUCUGGAAGAGCUAUUGCAAAAGGAGGAUGAUUGUGUCAUGGUCCGCCACGAGGCUGCAGAAGCGCUCGGCGCUAUUGGUGCUCCAGGUUCCGUCAAAGUAUUGAAAACAGUAUAUGAAGACUUUACGGGUAAGCUCGACGAAUUGGCGGAUACUUGCAAGCUGGCAUACAAUAGGAUUGAACAACAACAAAAUCCUGACGAAUCAGAUAGCAUUGCAGUUGGAUGUGCAUGUAUGUUGGCUCCAUACAAUUCCGUAGAUCCCGCUGAUGCUGAUCCAAAACACGACGGUUUCUCGACUAAAGAUCUAGGAAAUCUCUUGCUGGAUUCAUCAGAGGAUUUAUUGGAGCGAUACCGAGCCAUGUUUUCCCUGAGAAAUCGAGGAGGGAAAGAUGCUGUGCUAGAGCUGUGUCGAGCUUUGGUGGAGGACAAGUCUUCUCCACUAUUGAGACAUGAAGUGGCUUUUGUACUAGGGCAGAUGCAACAUCCUUGCAGCAUUGAUGCCUUGGAGACUUCUUUGGCACGUGUCGAAGAACAUGUCAUGGUGCGUCACGAAUCUGCUGAAGCGUUGGGAGCCAUCGAUGUUGCUUCUUCCGAAGAAUGGAACCGCAUUGAAAGUAUUCUGAAGCAUUAUCAACAAGAUGCAAAGUUGGAGGUGGCGGAAUCAUGUAUUGUGGCUUUGGAUGCUGCGGACUACUGGGGGCACUCCAACACAGCAGAAGACGAAGAAGAAGAGAGUACAGUGCCGACAUUUGGCCAACAAAAGAACACUGAUCCAUCUGUGGAUAUGCGAAAGCACGUGCUGGACCAACACUUCAACGUACAGGCAGCGGCAUAG